AUCGGUGGUUUUACUUCUUCGAUUGAACCCUGCUUCCUCGACCCCCUUGGGAGGCCGCCUUCUUCAGGCGCCUCCCUUCUCUCCACGAACUCGCUCUGACAGCUGAGGAACUGGCAAGAUCCUGCUACCCAGAGGGUGAAUGGGUAUCUUUCCUGGAAUAAUCCUAAUUUUUCUAAGGGUGAAGUUUGCAACGGCGGCCGUGAUUGUAAGCGGACCCCAGAAAAGUGCCACUGUAAGCCAUGAGAUGUCUGGUCUGAAUUGGAAGCCCUUUGUAUAUGGCGGCCUUGCCUCUAUUGUUGCUGAAUUUGGAACGUUCCCUGUGGACUUGACCAAAACACGACUUCAAGUUCAAGGCCAAAGCAUUGAUGUUCGCUUUAAAGAGAUAAAAUACCGAGGAAUGUUUCAUGCCUUGUUCCGCAUCUAUAAAGAAGAAGGUGUAUUGGCUCUGUAUUCUGGAAUUGCCCCUGCCUUACUAAGACAGGCAUCAUAUGGCACCAUUAAAAUUGGCAUUUACCAAAGCUUGAAGAGAUUAUUUGUGGAACGUUUAGAAGGAAAAAAAAGGUUUCUGCUCAUCACAGAGGGAAUAUGGAUUCGAAUGCAGGCCCAGGGGAGUUUGUUCCAGGGCAGCAUGAUCGGCAGCUUCAUCGAUAUAUACCAACAGGAAGGUACCAGGGGUCUGUGGAGGGGUGUCGUCCCAACUGCUCAGCGGGCUGCCAUCGUUGUGGGUGUAGAGCUACCGGUCUAUGAUAUUACAAAGAAGCACUUGAUAUUGUCAGGGGUGAUGGGAGACACAAUUUUAACUCACUUUGUUUCCAGCUUUACAUGUGGCUUGGCUGGGGCUCUGGCUUCCAAUCCAGUUGAUGUGGUUCGAACUCGCAUGAUGAACCAGAGGGCAAUCGUGGGACAUGUGGACCUCUACAAGGGUACUUUGGAUGGUAUUUUAAAGAUGUGGAAACAUGAGGGAUUUUUUGCACUCUAUAAAGGAUUUUGGCCAAACUGGCUUCGACUUGGACCCUGGAACAUCAUUUUUUUUAUUACAUACGAGCAGCUCAAGAGGCUUCAGAUCUAAGGACUGAAUUAUAUGUGAGGCAAGCCCUGCCAACCUUUCUACUCUUUUCCCUUUUUCUGUGUUCUAAUGUAUUUUGACAAAGUUGUGUUUACUGAACCACUGGUCUCCCAGGAGCCUCCUGAUGGAAGAACUAUAGGAUGGUUCAAAAUUGUUCAUGUGUUUGUGUUACCAUGUUAACUUUUUCCCUGAGAGGAAGUGUUAACAUUGAGACUCUGGCCCCAGAUUGGUAUCUUCUAUGAAGAUGGAUACUGAUGGAUGACAUUCAACAUGGCCUUCUUUUCAAAUGUUGGUUAAAUGUAGUUGGUUAGCCCCAGACUUGGGCUAGAGCAGAAGGCAUAGGCCAGGGCAGUUACUGCUAUGUAUGUUUCAGACCUCGGUUCUCAUUAAAGUAUUUAUUGGCA